UUAUUCGUACCCAAAAAUCCUACUAAACCCUCCUCUAUCUCCACGGCCAGAAGCCGAAGAAGCGAACCGAAACGACAACAAUGGUGUCUCAAUACGGCAUCAAGUACGCCGUUCACAUCAUCACCAAUCACUUCGGUCCUCUCGUCGCCAAAGUAUGCGACUGCCUUCUCAAGAAAGGACCGUUACCGCUCCGUGAAAUAGUCCGUUACACUGAGCUAUCUGAGACUCUCGUCAGAAACUGCUUGCUCGUCUUGAUCCAGCAUAACUGCCUUCAACCUUUCCUCCUUGAAGAAGAAGGUGGAUUUGGAGAAGUAAAUAAAGUGAGUUCGCUGUACAUGGUGCUAUUCGAUAAUGUAUUGCAUCGCGUUAGGUUUUCCAAGUUUAUGGCUAUUGUUUCGCAGGAAUUCGAUAAGCUGUGUGUAGAUUUGAUUGAAACAUUGCUUCAGCACGGGAGGCUUUCGUCAGAGCAAAUUUUUGAUGGAUUUAGGGACAGUACAGAAGGCAAUAGUAGUGGAGGUAUGGAGGCUUUACAAGAAAAUAUGCAUAAGCUUGUGAUGGCACGAUAUGUUGAAAGGUGUCCUAUCUCAGAACCAUUUCUUGCAUUACCGAGUGAAGAAGAAGCUGCUCCUGUGAGGAGGCGAGGUGCUAAAUCAGCGAAGGCAUUUUUAGAGCUAGAAACCCUAGAACAACGUGUUCUUGUAGCAGCAGUGCCUCCAGAAGGAAUGAGAUUUUCAUUUGAAUUAAAUCCUGAGAUAGGUGCCGACAGAGAUAAAGUUGAGAAUAACUCCUUUAGCAAUAUUGGAGAUAAGCGCAAGCUUGAUGCUUUGGAGUCCGAUAUUGAUGGCGGGGUUCCGGACAAACAAGUAGCUCUUUGGCGUGUCAAUUUUGAGGAAUUUAUUCGCCGGCUUAGGCAUAAGAUUUGUAUUGAGACUGUGAGAACACGGCUGGAUGAUGAAGCUGCCACUGUCUUCACUGCAAUGCUGGAUGCAUCAAGGAGUGAAGAAAAGAAAAUAAAAACAGCAAGCUCAGUUCCUUUAUCAGAAAAUUCCAUUUAUGCAGAGGUGAUUAAGAGCGAAAAGGGCCGUAAUAUGACCUUAGAUUAUGUUAUAUCUGUCCUUGUCGGGUUGAGUUCUUCUCCACCAUUUGUAAGGGUGGUUGACAAUUCAUACAGUAUAGAUUUCAAACAUACCAUCGAAGUAGCUCAAACUGACGAGGUGGAGUCAAUUGUGUAUAAAAAAUAUGGCAAGGAUGCUUAUAGAAUGUUCAGGUUACUGUCAAAGGCUGGUCGCUUACUUGAGACUGAUAAGAUUUCAGAUUCAAUAUUCCUUGAAAAGAAGGAAACAGCCAACAUCCUUUCUAAGAUGUGGCAGGGCGACUACUUGCAGAUGGAGAAAUUAAUCGCCGGACCAACACAAUUCUUGUUGUGGAAAGUAAAUAUGAUAAACCUAAGGGAACGUGUAUUGGAUGAUAUGUUCCAUGCGGCCCUAAACUUGAGUCUUCGAGUGGCAUACGAGCUAGAACAACAAAAGGAGAUUUUACAUCUCGGAGUUGAUGGGCCAAUGAAAGAGAAGUAUGAGAAACUUAAAAAAGUUAGAUUUCUCCUGGAAUCCUCAAGGAUGAAGCUUGACGAUGCUAUAAUGAUUUUCCAUGAUUUCUAAAUGCAUCUCAUGAGUGUAAAAAUAUGUUUUCAUCUCUUAAGAUAAAUUAUUUUGUUUUCUUUCUCCUUGACAUUGUCAAGAUCAUUGAAUUCCAUCUCUUUUGCCCACAAUUUUGGCUUACUAAUUGCAGACAACGAAAAGAGUUUUUGAAUUUAUAAAGUAAAUUGAAAUAGUUGCUUUAGUAA